GCAACCGGAUAAUAAGUUGUGGAUGCGGCUUGCAGCGCCGGGCAGGCAACCCGAGACCGAGUCCGAGUCCGAAUCCGCCAGAGAAACCAGUUCCGCACCGAGAUACCCAGUGUGCAGGAAUCGCGAAUCGCGAACAGCAGCCCCCAGAGACAAGUGGUCAGUGCCAGUGACGUCAGGCCUAAGUAGGACACCAGCACCAGCAGCGCCACCGCCCAUCGCCACCGCCCUCGCCACCACCCCAACCUCCCAUCGCCGCCCUGCGCAUCCGCGUCAUGGCCUCCGCACGGCAGAGCAGCCUCCUGCCAAUGUCCCUGCCCCUGCCCCUCCCCCUGCCGCUGCCCCUGGUCCUGGUGCUGUCGCUGCACCUGUCCGGCGUCUGCGGCGUCAUCGAUCGCCUCGUGGUGCAGACCUCCUCCGGGCCCGUCCGCGGCCGCUCCGUCACGGUGCAGGGCCGCGAGGUGCACGUCUACACGGGCAUCCCCUACGCCAAGCCGCCGCUCGAGGACCUGCGCUUCCGCAAGCCGGUGCCGGCGGAGCCCUGGCACGGCGUCCUCGACGCCACACGGCUGUCCGCCACCUGCGUCCAAGAGCGUUACGAGUACUUCCCGGGCUUCUCCGGCGAGGAGAUCUGGAACCCCAACACCAACGUGUCCGAGGAUUGCCUCUACAUAAACGUCUGGGCGCCGGCCAAGGCACGACUUCGCCAUGGGCGAGGUGCCAACGGAGCCGAGCACGCGAAUGGCAAACAAGGGGACACGGAUCACCUCAUCCACAAUGGCAAUCCGCAGAACACGACCAACGGCCUGCCAAUUCUGAUCUGGAUCUAUGGCGGCGGCUUCAUGACCGGAUCUGCCACCCUGGACAUCUACAAUGCGGACAUCAUGGCCGCCGUGGGCAAUGUGAUAGUGGCCUCCUUCCAGUACCGAGUGGGAGCCUUCGGAUUCCUGCACCUGGCGCCGGAAAUGCCGUCGGAGUUCGCGGAGGAGGCGCCCGGCAACGUGGGCCUCUGGGAUCAGGCGCUGGCCAUUCGCUGGCUGAAGGACAACGCCCAUGCCUUCGGCGGAAAUCCGGAGUGGAUGACCCUCUUCGGGGAGUCGGCGGGAUCCAGCUCGGUGAACGCGCAGCUCAUGUCGCCGGUCACCAGGGGCCUGGUCAAGAGGGGCAUGAUGCAGUCGGGCACCAUGAACGCCCCCUGGAGCCACAUGACCUCCGAGAAGGCCGUGGAGAUCGGCAAGGCGCUGAUCAACGACUGUAACUGCAACGCCUCCAUGCUGAAGACCAAUCCCGCUCACGUGAUGAGCUGCAUGCGCUCGGUAGACGCCAAGACCAUAUCGGUGCAGCAGUGGAACUCCUACUCGGGCAUCCUCAGCUUCCCCUCGGCGCCCACCAUCGACGGAGCCUUCCUGCCGGCUGAUCCCAUGACGCUUAUGAAGACGGCGGAUCUGAAGGACUACGACAUCCUGAUGGGAAAUGUCAGGGAUGAGGGCACUUACUUCUUGCUGUACGAUUUCAUCGAUUACUUCGAUAAGGACGAUGCCACGGCCCUGCCACGGGACAAAUAUCUUGAAAUUAUGAACAACAUUUUCGGCAAGGCAAAGCAGGCGGAACGCGAGGCCAUCAUAUUUCAGUACACCAGCUGGGAGGGCAAUCCGGGAUACCAGAAUCAACAGCAAAUCGGACGCGCCGUGGGCGACCACUUCUUCACCUGCCCCACCAACGAGUAUGCCCAGGCACUGGCGGAGCGAGGCGCCUCCGUGCACUACUACUACUUCACACACCGCACGAGCACCUCGUUGUGGGGCGAAUGGAUGGGCGUGCUGCACGGCGAUGAGAUUGAGUACUUCUUUGGCCAGCCGCUGAACAACUCCCUGCAGUAUCGACCUGUGGAGCGGGAGCUGGGCAAGCGUAUGCUCAGUGCGGUCAUCGAGUUUGCCAAGACGGGAAAUCCCGCUCAGGACGGCGAGGAUUGGCCCAACUUCUCCAAGGAGGAUCCCGUCUACUAUAUUUUCAGCACGGACGACAAGAUCGAGAAACUGGCCCGCGGUCCUUUGGCGGCCCGCUGUUCGUUCUGGAACGACUACUUGCCGAAGGUCAGGAAAUGGGCAGGUACAGACUGCGAUGGCAAGUCGGCCAGUGCUUCCACAUCCCCAAGGCUGCAGCUCCUGGGAGUCGCUGCUCUGAUCUACAUCUGCGCCGCAUUGCGAACCAAGGGGGUUUUCUAAAAGAAAACCACUUCCGGCAGUAACCAUACACAGAUACAUAAACACAACCACACACACACUGGAACUCACACACCAUCACAGCCACAGCCACACACACCUAAAGUUAGAAGAAGUAUAUAAAUAAAAUUUAGCAAGCGAAGGAAAACCAAAUUUUUUGUAGGCGCAGACAUUUGUGUAGGAGCAGGAGAUUUGUUUACGGAAUUUAGUAGGAUCGGUUUGAGCAAGUCGAUGGCAAUUGCUGAACAUUUGUAAAUUGAACUUAGAGCUCUACGCACCCCUAGGCAGUCUGAGGGCCGGGCAGGGUCCUUCGAAGGAUCCCGGCCGGACUCCACAGAGACCACUGUAGCCACAUGCCACACGCCACGCGCCAUAGGCCAGGCCCAAACCAAAUUGUUUUGUGUAGCACAAUGCUAAAUUGCUUAAUUUGAGAACGAAAUUGGCCAAAGAUGGACGGACGGAAUUUUUGAUAAAUAUUAAUGCAAAUAAAAGAAAAUAGAAUGAAAUGUUUGUCAUGCCUUCGGUGGCAGCCAAAAGGAAACCAAGUUUACAGACACGUUUGCCGAUACGGAAAACUCGCUCAGAUGACAGACACUUUUUGCCACGCCCUCAUUCUUGAGCGAUCUUUGAGCGCAUUUACUGGCAGAAUUUUUAGCUUUCAGUUCGAAAAGUCCUUGUAGCCUAACGAUAUUUGGCCAAAUUGCAUUGGUUUCAUGCUUAGGUUGAGGGUUCGUUUGAUUUCGAUUCACUUUCCCAAGGAAAAACCAGACACGAAAAUUGUAACCACACAAGAUUCUUAUGAGACAAACCCAAAUGGAAAUUUUCGGCAAAUCAACAAUUGUAUUGUACAAAAUUGGCAUUGGUUUAUUAGAACGAGGGGAGUAAAAGUUGAAGCCGAGAAAACCAAAUCGAUUAGUGAAUGAAGCCCCAAGUCAAGCACUACCCAAGACAAAUUUAUUCGAAGCGAACCAAGCGAAACAAAUUGAUAAAUUGUAAUAAAGAAUCGAUCGAAAAAUGAGGUUUAGGCAUAGUUCGGGGGGCGAAGACGAAGACGACGACGAUAUUUAUAAUGCAAAACAUAUCAGUAUAUUAUUGUAUUUGUACUAAACGUUUUACAAAUUGGCUUAGUGAGAUGAGUGGACGGAGGAGUAAUGAAAUGAUUUAAUACUGAAUAAUGGUAAUUAGAAAUUUUAUACACAUAGCGAAAUUGGAUCAAUGAUUUAACACAAAGCGUAUUGUAUAAUGAGUAACGUAUAUGUACUUGGUAUGUCUAUAUCUAUAAAUAAAUAUUGUUCAAAACGUAAAUCCAGAAAAUGAAAACUAACGAUAACGAUAAGGAUAACGAUCAUUGUCAACCCUAGAGUUCAGUGUGUGUCGCAGACUAAAUGAGAGCUAAUGAGUAAUCGUAAUUGUAAUCCGUAAUCGUAACCGUACUCUGUAAUCGUAUUAAAGGCAUAUCAAUAUGUAUUAACUAUGAAAAAUCGAAACCCUUUCGAAAUUUACUAACGUAAGCCACACUGAUAUUACUUAAGUUAUUUUUAUCAACAAUUAUUAUAAUACCACACACUAUCUGAUAAUACAUAGAUUCAACAAGUAUUAGACUUAUGAAGAACAACAACAUUAACUGUUUGCUAACAUUUGAAAGUUUUAAAACCAACCAAUAAACGAGAAAACCCUAAACCUAAACCAAAACCUACAAAAUACGAAAAUGGAGACCCCAAGAUAAUUAACGAUUAUUGUAUUGUAUUAGGUAUGAACUGUGGUCGAGGCCUACUGAGCGAUGUUCGCUUUCAACUGUAGCAACUAGGAAAAUUUAUGUGACCCUCUAGCCAGGUGACGAACGCACUUAGGACACUGUGUUCGAUCCGUUAUAUCCGAUACUACUCGUACUCAACACCAACACCAAUGCAAGCAACGAUAUCAAGCCACUCACUUAGAACCCUCCCCGUAGUUAUACGACAAUUGCACCGCGAUUAACGAAUAAUCCAACAAUUGAGCGAGAAGCGAGAGAAGCUGCAGAUCCACAAGGCAUUCCUAAGUUAUGCAUUACUUUAACGAUACAUCUUAAAGGGACAAACAAGACAACUAACAAAGCGAAACAAAUAAAAACACGGCAUGAUGCGAAAUAAUAACUUAAACAAAAGGAUUUUUUAAGUAUAUGUGGAACAUUUAUAUUUUUAUACCAUGCAAGAAGCGAAAUGAAAACAAAAACCGAAAUUGCGUAAAAUGGAGAUAUUAACAAACGAUGAAUAACUUUAAAAUUUUGUACUAAGCCAUUGUCUGAAACUGUGGACACGAAAAAGUGUGAGACGAACUCCAAGAUAACUAGCUUUAAACCCUACUCCCUAUCCCUAUGAUUGCACCACGUUCGCCUCUUAACCGAAACCAAAAAAAAAACCAAAAAAAAAUAAGUAAAACUAGGUAUAUAAAUUAUGUAAACCGAUUCCAAGACUAGACUUGAUAGUUAAUCCAUUCUGUAGUGAGGAGUGGGCCACAGCGAGUGCUGCCUGUGUGCCAGGGCCCCGCCCACCUGGCCGGCCUCCAAGGUCAGGUGGGGUCGGGGGUCAGAGGCCAGCCAGCGCAGUACAAGCUGUGCGUCCACUCGCAGAGAGCAUAGAGUUAGUAGAUAUCAAAGAGAAAAUGCACUGGUUUACGUGUAUUAUGCCUUCUGCCUUCGGAAAAAGAGAAGUGAAAAGUACUCAUUCUACGACUACGUUGAUAUUACCAUUGAUAUGCAUUUCCCACCCACAAGACCCCCCUUAUUUUCGUCUCACCCGAAAUUAGGAAUAUUUUUUUGUCAUUUUGCAUGGUUUUCGGCUCAAGCCAAAGAAUUGACAAUAUAAUAUUUCGCCUUAGAAGCAAAGGAGCAAACGAAUGAAAGACAAAUUCCAAGUGUUAUGCUUAUAGAUCUAAAUUUUUAUACAUGGACAUGGACAUGGACACUUCGUCGUCUCUUUUUUUGGUGAACGUGCACUAAUCGCUACUCGUAUGAUUUGUAUAGAUUAUGGCUUUCGUUGCGGCUCUUCCAGGUCAUCUUUAUGAAGUAUAUACAUAUAUAUAUAUUAACGGAUAGGCCAACCACACACACGCACCAACUCUCCCACACGAACACGUCUCAGUGUGCUUUUGCUGUAGUAGUCUGCCAAUUGUAAAAGAAUUUAUAUGUAAACGAAUCGAAACGGAAACGGAAACACUCAUAUUCUAAUCUAUGAUAAUAAUGAAAGCAUACUGGUCACACACACAGACGCGAAUACCCCACAUCCACACACACACACACCCACACCCACACCCACACACUCUUCAUAGAAGGACGAAGCGUAGGAAUAGGAAAUACAUGAGCAGCAUCCUUAGACGGUUAUUGAGUUUGUGUUUUGUGAAGGAAAGCGAAACGCAAGCCAAAACGAAGAAAACAUAGUUCAAGUUUUUGUUUAUUGUGUAUUAAGAACAAGUUAAAAUUUGUAUCAGCUACGACAUCUGAUAAUAAAAUCGAAAUCUAGGUGGUAGACAAAACUCUCUGUACAAUGUAAUAAAUAUGUUGAUUGCUAUACCAUAGAUUACAAUACAAGUACACGCUCACAGCAAAAACAGAUAUAUAAAUCUAAAUCCGACGAAGUUAAUACAUAUGAUACGAUAGAAACUGAAGAAACCAGGCACAGAAAUGCAUUUGACAUCACAACAAUUCUCACAACUAGAUUUAACGGGCAGAGAGAAGAGGUUUAGUGAAAUAAAACACAGAGUCUUUUAUGUAUAAAAAUCAAAUACAUAUCAAUAUAUGGCCUAUGGUUUAUUUAGUUUAAUUAUAUAUUAUGAAUAACACACACUUGGCAGCAGCAGGUGUGCAGUAAGGCUCUGAUUUAUGACUUUUUAAGUAGGAAAUUUGUAUAAAUUAAGCAGCAAGCAGACACAAUACAAGCAGAAACAAGCCAGAGAACGGAAAACAAAACAAAUUGUGGUUAAAUAUGUGUUCUUACUUGUUAGUGGUAAUAAAACAAAGGUAAAAGUAUAUAACAAAAGCGAAUUAAGCAACAAAACUGUAAUUAUAACUGUUAGCUUUUAAUCAUGCCAAGCAUUUUCCGUUGAAUUCCUCGAAUUUCGUUUUGAAAACUCGCUUGAAGAUAUAUGUUUUCACUUAGAACACACGGAUUAGCUUGUAUUGCAAAUUGUAGUGGCCCAACCCCCCACACCCACUCACACCCCCAUGAGACCACCCACACCGAGAUACUGCCCGUUUGAGUAAUGUGUAAUGUCUAUGGAACUACUUAAUGGCAAACAAAUACUCGGGUCGGGCAUCACUAAUGCAAAUAAAGUUAAAAGGUAGCUAAAAAUAACAACUAAGACCACUUUUGUUCGCGCAAAAGAGCAAAAGUCAAGAGCAGAUCGAAAAUUAAUAAAUCGAGACUCAUAAAAGUGGAUACAGACACCCGUACAACCACACUCAUACGGCUAGUACAAUCGCAGCUCCAAAAGUCCUCAUCUUGUGUUCCAAAUUUGAAUAUAUCAUUUGAUGGCGACGCUUUAGUGUUCAGCAAAAGUAAACAGAUACAGGCCAAGCGCAAAAAUUAAUGCAGAAUUCUAUUUAGUGUAUAUGACGGUGUUUGUUUGUGUGUCAAUGACGGAGCGUUGUUAACGAUUAAAUUAUAAUUAUUAUUGUCGCAGAACUUACUUUAAAUUCAAGGAAGACGAAAUGAGGCGCCGACCUCGCGCAGGCAACAGAUAACAUAUGCAAAACAUAAUUGCUGUUUUAAGAUAUUAACUAUAUAUAAAAACAAGAAUAUAUAUAUACAGACAUACAUCUAGAUUGAAAAAUAUGACAUGAGCAUACAAAAUGUAGGGAUCAUUUUACUGAAUAUUAUAUACAUACUACUACAUAUAAUCGAAACCAAAAAUGAAAUUCUGCUAAACCAAGAAACAAAUUAAAAUUGAAUGCUAAAUGUAAUACGAUUACUGAAACUCAAGAGAAAGUAAGCAACUACCAAGAGAAAAUGUAAUGUGUAAACAAUUGAAGCCCGCAUUGAAGCAGCAUAAAGAAUACAAAAAUUUAAGUGAAAUUAUAUUACGAAAUAUAUUGUAUAUCGAUACAAGAUGGAUACAAGUAAAAUACAAAUAAAACUCAUGUAUCAUGUACUAAACAAAC